CGUUCAACGAAACCUCAAGUUACAAAGACACAGAGCAUUAAAUUAGCAAAAAACCUGUUUACUAUGGAAACUGCUGCAGUGGCAACUGAUGUCAAAGAAUUUGAUAGCUACGAGGAUCGACUAUUUUUACUCAAGGGAACUUUAAAAAACUUGACCUGUGACAGUGUGAGCUUUGAAAACGAGCAAUACUUUAUUUUGAAAGUAACUAAUUCAGUUGCCUCAAAGAAUCAAGAUCUUUUCAGUAUCGCUGCGGAUCUUUUACAGCAUAUAAGAUCCACAUCAGAAAUCCAGUGCCCGGUUCCACAGCCUUCCAUAUUUGGCACCAAAAAUGUCCUAUGCAAGUUCGGAGAAACUGGAAAUGUUUCAGGUGAAAUUGAUGUACUUUMUUCUMAAUACGACGGCAAAGAGAUCAAGGAUGGAAUGGAAGCUGUUUCAAUCGAAGAAGAUGUCUGUGCCGUUCAGCUAAUGAGUUUUGUACCAGGAAAAAYUCUGUGUGAGGCAACGGUGGAAUGGGGAAACGAUUUGCUUGUGGACUUUGGCGCAAAGAUUGCAYAUUUGCAUAUAAUACUUCAGGAAUAUAGUAAAACCAACGCAUGGGUUUCAGAGGUCCAGCUGCAACAACCAAACCAUCAAUUAACCCUAAUGAAAACCCACAAUACUUUGCAGCUCUAUAGCUAUGCACUUAACAAUAAACAACAGCAAAUCCAAGUGGAAGAGAUAGCCAGACGUUAUAAAACAGAGGUCCAGGAAAAAAUUCAUUCAACAAGUUUCGAACUUCAACUCAUUCAUGGUGAUUUGACGGGUCGAAAUGCAAUUGUCGGAACAAACUCCUUGGGGCAAAUUGAAAUCAAAGGUUUCAUAGAYUUCAAUGAUAUGCAAUAUUCCUAUAGGGUAUUAGAUGUAGGGGUAGCUCUUGGCAGCCUUAUGGUAGAAGCUUGGAAAAGGAAUUUGGAUGUUAUUCAGGCCUGUAAUCAGGUGAUAAAAGGCUACCAAUCGGUAUUCCCGUUGACAGACUUCGAGGUUGAUAAGUUGUUCAUUGUAGCACAAGCCCGCAUAUGUCAAUCACUUGUACUUGGAGCCUACUGGAAUGAGAUUGCGCCUGACAAUUCCUACGUGGCUUCCACAGAGAAAGGAAGUUGGCARGUUUUGGAAAGACUUCGGUUAUUAUCCGAGUGUAAAAUCUUGAACCAGUGGAAAGCCUUGUAGUUUCCAUCUGGAGAUUAACCUGAAAGUCAAUGAUUCCCCAUCCCUCAACUAAAUCUCAUAAGAGUCCUAGUCAAGCGUUUCAACUGAAAAAAUCUCAUAUAUGACUUUUUGUAGAUAAUUAUGGGUUGUUUGACAAUUGUUAGAUGGUAAUAACAAUCCCUUUGUCCCCUUUCGCUUAUGACUUAMAGGUUAGUGCUGUAAAAAAACACAACAACAAAUGUUCCUGUUCACGUGACUGAUCCUUUUAGUUCACAGUGUUCAAUGGAAACAUUUUAUUAUCUUACAAAACAUCGUUCGUUAUCAUCUAAAGAAUGUACUGAGAAAGUAUUUUCAUACAUUUUAAUUUAAUUUAAUUUUUUAUUUAAAAUUCAAUUUCAGAAAUACUACCUACUUUUAUUAUUGUAUGAUUGGACGAGAACUUUAAUAAUCAUAUCAGUUUUGAUUGGGCAUACAUUAAAAUUAAUUGACUACACCUAAUUGUAAAAACGUUGUCAUGUUCAAUGGGUGAAAUCAUUGRAGCUAAGACCGAAUGGGAUUUUGGGUAUUCGAAAUUUUACAUCAUAUUUUCCUAAASAUGGAGUUUAAUUCAUCAACUCAUUUCACAAAAAAGGCGAUGGCAAUUUUAAUUGUAUUUAACAUAUCAGAAAUUUGUGAAAUAAGAUAAAUAUUAUACCGUGAAAAGUAUGUGAAAUUAUGACUUUAAUAUACUGACGUUUGUCUUUUAUAGUUAGCAAACAGGGACCGAUCCAGCAUUUUAUAAGUGGAGGUACUUUUGUCGUUAAUAAUAUAUACCUAAAAACUAAGUGUAGCAGAUGGCACUUAUCAUUUUUGUUAGCUUGGUAUCUAGAAAAAGAAAAAUAUGCACAAUUUGACCGAAAGGAAAAUUGACUUUUAUUGCAACGGUAUCUUUGACUACACUACUCAACUAGAUUGUUAAGCUGCAUAGUGGCAGACACGUGUUGUGUAUUGAUACUAACGUUGUUUUAUCAAGAAGAGUAUGAACAGCACAAAAACGUUAAUAYUGAUAUAUAAAAAAGAUAUGUCGUUCGAAAAGGGGGCCUGCGUCCGCACCCAAAGCACCU